AUGGAUGCCUUGAAGCUAAGAAUCCAGACUUACCGGGGAAAAAUAAAGAAACCAAUAGAGUUCUGUCAGCUGUAUGAUCAGAAAGUUAGAUCCCGACUUCAGCAGCCUGACUGCCUUCUUGUCGCUUACACCGUUGUUCCAGAUUCACCAGAUCUCGGAAUAGACCCCAACUGCUCCUGCUCCACCGGCGGCUCCUGCACCUGCUCCACCUCCUGUGGCUGCAAGAACUGCAAAUGCACCUCCUGCAAGAAGAGCUGCUGCUCCUGCUGCCCCGUGGGCUGCUCCAAAUGUGCCCAGGGCUGUGUCUGCAAAGGUGCCUCGGACAAGUGCACGUGCUGUGCCUGAAGUGAUGAACAGUGCUGCUGCCCUCAGGUGUAAAUAAUUUCUGGACCAACUUAGAGUCUUGCCGUACAGCUCCACCCAGUUUACUAAACCCCGUUUUCUACCGAGCAUGUGAAUAAUAAAAGCCUGUUUUAUUCUAAAAAAAAAAAUAAAAUAAA